AUGGGUGUAUUUAGUAAAAUAGGAAGGGUCUCCCCUGAUCUUUCAACACUUAUUGUUAGUAAAUGUGCCAGGAGAACAUUGUUUACGAAUCGUUAUAAUCAUUCGCCCAAUCCAAAGUUUAAUCUAACUCUUAAAAGGAACUCCACAACUUCUUUGGCAACUGACCUUUUUAAGGAUUCCAAAUUACAUCCUAACGCACUGAACCAACCCCCCUGCCAUGUUUCCACCCUUAAAAAUGGGCUUAGAGUUGCGACUGUUUGGAUGCCAGGCUCCUCAUCUACAGUUGGAGUUUGGAUAGAUAGCGGAAGCCGAUUUGAAACGCCAGAGACUAACGGUUCUGCACAUUUUCUUGAACAUAUGAUUUUUAAAGGAACAAAGUCACGUUCAAGGCAGCAAUUGGAGGAACAAAUUGAACAUAAAGGAGCACAUUUAAACGCAUAUACUUCAAGAGAACAAACAGCCUACUAUGCAAGAUGUUUUAAUAACGACAUCCCUUGGUGUACCGAGCUUCUCAGCGAUAUUCUGCAAAACAGCCAAAUUGACCCGGACCACAUGGAAAACGAAAAGCAUGUUAUUCUUCGAGAAAUGGAAGAAGUAGAAAAGUCACACGACGAGGUCAUCUUUGACCGAUUACACAUGACGGCCUUUCGAGAUUGUUCACUGGGAUUCACUAUACUGGGACCCGUUGAAAAUAUAAAGAAUAUGCAACGUGAGUAUCUCUUGGACUACAUCAACCACAAUUACACAGCCGAUAGGAUGGUUCUUUGCGCCGUUGGCAAUUUUGAUCAUGAUAAGUUCGUAACAUUAGCUGAAAAACACUUUUCAACAAUACCUAAACCGGUGACCAAGGUCGAGUUAGAGAAGCCUUAUUUUGUUGGGUCUGAAUUAUUAAACAGAAACGACGAGAUGGGCCCAUAUGCCCAUAUGGCCGUUGCAUUCGAGGGUGUACCAUGGAAUUCACCCGAUUCUGUAGCUUUCAUGUUAAUGCAAAGCAUUAUUGGCACCUACAAUAAAUCCAAUGAAGGUGUAGUUCCAGGAAAGGUGUCUGGAAAUAAGACAAUUCAUGCAGUGGCGAACAGGAUGACAGUUGGUUGCGCGGAGUUCUUCAGCGCAUUUAAUACUUUCUACAAGGAUACUGGCCUCUUUGGGUUUUACGCCAAAUGCGACGAAGUAGCAGUUGAUCACUGCGUCGGAGAGUUACUCUUCGGGAUCACAUCCCUUUCAUACUCAGUAACCGAUGAGGAAGUCGAGCGGGCUAAAAGGCAGUUAAUGUUACAGUUUCUUUCAAUGACAGAAUCAACAUCGAGUGUCGCUGAGGAGGUUGCUAGGCAAGUUCUUGUUUAUGGAAGAAGAAUGCCCGUGGCAGAAUUUCUGCUCAGACUUGAAAAAAUCGACGCCGAAGAAGUUAAGAGAGUUGCAUGGAAAUACUUACACGAUUCACACUAUAAUCUAUAUAAGUUUACUAUUGAGAUUGCUGUAACCGCAAUGGGACCAUUGCAUGGAAUGCCAUCUUUAAUUGAUCUAAGGCAAAAAACUUAUUGGCUUAGAUAUUAA